AUGGGCGAGCCCUUUGACCCUACGUUUGUACUGAGUCGCUCAGGGUCCAACAUUAUCUGUUUCGUACUCUUCGGCAGCCACUUCGACUACGAUGAUGAGCGUCUGCUCACCAUUAUCCGCCUUAUCAAUAAUAACUUUCAAAUCAUGAGCAGACCCUGGGGCGAGUUGUACAACAUCUUCCCAAGCCUCCUGGACUAGGUGCCUGGGCCACACCAACGCAUCUUCCAGAACUUCAAGUGCCUGAGAGACCUCAUCGCCCACAGCGUCCAAGACCACCAGGCCUCGCUAGACCCCAGAUCUCCCCGGGACUUCAUCGACUGCUUCCUCACCAAGAUAGCAGAGGAGAAGGAGGACCUGCUGAGCCACUUCCACAUGGAUACCCUGCUGAUGACCACACAUAACCUGCUCUUUGGCGGCACCGAGACGGUGGUCAGCACGCUGCACCACACCUUCCUGGCACUCAUGAAGUACCCGAAAGUUCAAGCCCGUGUGCAGGAGGAGAUCAACCUCAUUGUGGGACACAUGCAGCUGCCAGUGCUGAAGGACCGCGCAGCCAUGCCUUACACAGACAUGGUGAUCCACGAGGUGCAGCGCUUUGCAGACAUCAUCCCCAUGAACUUGCCACACCAUGUCACUAGGGACACGGCCUUUCGCGGCUUCCUGAUACCCAAGGGCACCGAUAUCAUCACCCUCCUUAACACCGUCCACUACGACCCCAGCCAGUUCCUGACGCCCCAGGAGUUCAAACCCGAGCAUUUUUUGGAUGCCAAUCAGUCCUUCAAGAAGAGCCCAGCCUUCAUCCCCUUCUCAGCUGGGCGCUGUCUGUGCCUGGGCGAGUCACUGGUGCGCAUGGAGCACUUUCCGUACCUCACCGCCAUCCUGCAGAGCUUCUCACUGCAGCCGCUGGGUGCGCCCGAGGACAUCAACCUGACCCCGCUCAGCUCAGGUCUUGGCAAUUUGCCGCGGCCUUUCCAGCUGUACCUGAGCCCGCGCUAA